AUGGCCUCAAAUAAGCCUAUAAUGUGGCCACCAGACCGUGGCUUUCGUCGCGAACCUCCGACCAAUCUAGACUUGGAGAACCUGUCGACUUUCGAGAAAAUCAUCAGAUAUGCGGAAAAGGAUGACCUGUUAUUGUAUCUGACAGCUCUUUUUGGAGUUUUCAUGCCUGCGGUCAUGUAUUUUGUGUAUAAAACUGCUCAUGCUAAGUACGAGCAGUAUGCUAAGGUAAGGAUUGGUUUUUUAUGAUAUAAAUACAAGGCCUUAGGCUCCGUAAGCUCAGUAUUAGGUUUUUUUUUCAAUUUUUUGCUCAAGAUAUUAGGUGCCGACAUAAAGAAUACGCCAUUUUUUACAGGAAAUUACAGGAAAUGUAUGGCGGGUUCUUUAUGUCGGCACUUAAUUUUAGUAGGCUUGAGCUUAUUAGGCUUACACUUUGUAGGCUUAUUGUUAGACUUAAGCACAAGCUCGGGCCUAGGCCUAGUUCAAACUUAGCUUACAACUUAGCUUAAGUGUUAAGCUUAGUAAUUAUGUUUACUACAAUAUUAACUUCUAAGCCUAAAAUUUUUUUUAGAAAAAACGCGAAGAAAAACGUCGUGAGAAAGCAAAACAGAAGGCCAUUACCUUGUUCUAUACACCAAUAUCAGCUCCGUUCAAAAGGCUGGCAUUUGAUUUGGCUGAAAAGUUGGAAUGCUUCGAUCCUGUGGUUGUAUCACUCGUACCAAACAACUUGAAGCAUUUUAGAGGGUAUAAGGUAGGUUUAAAAUAGCGUAAUCUUAAAAAAUAGCAAAAAUUUCUUUACAAAACAAGAUUUGGCAAUAACUUACUUUAAAAAAAAAUGGCAAGAACUUUCUUUACAAAACAAAAAAUGGCAAUAACUUUUCUUACAAGGAAUGAAACUGCAAAAACUUUCUUUACAAAACAUAAAAUAGCAAGAACUUUCUUUACAAAACAAAAUAUGGCAAUAACUUUCUUUCGAAAUCAAAAACCAUCUUUUCUCGUAUAACUUGUCACUCGCAAACUGCAGAAGCCAAAGUGUUGUAAUUUUAUAAUUUUUUUAACUUACAAUAAUUUUCAGGGAGUAAUGGUAUUUAUCAUCCCAGACCUGGAACUUCACGAGCUAAGUGAAGAAGCUGGUGCUUGGUUUUUGGACUGGCUUCAAGAAAUGCGGUUUGAAGCCAAACAAAAAGAUUUAUUGACUGGACUGAAGUUUGCCACAUUGGCUAUCGAUUUGGAAAGUGAAAAUGAUGAACCGAUUGGAAAAAUCACCAACAAUUUAAUCAAAAGAUUGACUACUUUAAGCGCGAAACAGUUACAGCCCCCGGCAUUUAUUGCAAAAAAUAACAAAUUAAGUAAGUUUUUUGUUAAAUCUUGGUAAUUCUAGAACAUAAUUUUAAACUUUAAGGCUAAAAUUUUCUUUACAGAUCAAAAAAUGGCAAUAACUUUCUUUACAAGAUAAAAAAAAGCAAAAACUUUCUUUCCAGCCUCAUUUUUAAAAUAUUAUUUUAGGUGUAGAUGCCCAACUAAUAGAACAAGCCUCAAUUCUUGCUGAAUCGAUUAGAGAAUCUUGGGAAAUCUUUGAUUCCGACGAUGAUUUAAGUUCCGACGACGAAUCUGAAUUUGAUAUUGAAGACCUAGAAGAACACAUGGAUCAGUUUGAAACUGAAAACAAAAAAGACAAAUGA